AUGCUGAAAGUUCACCUGGAGAACAAAAUUCUAACAUUACAGACAGAGGAAGAUGCUGAUAGGUUAAUAGUAACCACAGCCAUUUCCAUAUCCUCUUCUUACGAAGUAGUGAAGAUCGUCGGCGAGGAUAUAGAUUUGUUGGUCUUACUUUGUGGUUUGUCACGAGAUGGAGGAGACCACAUCCUUCCAAGAAACAUACCAAAUAAUAGUAUUAUAUUUGUAAAAUGUGGGAGAGACAAAAACCCAGAUGUCACCUACUCGACAAAUUCCUUUAAGCAAUUAUCACAACCCGGAAUAGCACUGUUCCUUCACGCGUGUAGCGGUUGUGAUACAUCAGCACCUUUUGGCCAAGGAAAAAAUAAAUUUCUAUCGACAAAAAAAAAACAGCUACGCUUCGAACAAAACGCAGAGGUUUUCUUAAGCUCGAAUGCCACACCUGAGUAA